AUGUACUUGGAGAAUGCAAUUGGUCAGUAUAGUUCGCUUCCAUCAAUAAAACUUUUUUGUCACAUCUGUCCUGCAUUCGAAGCAUCUUGUUAUGAUCCAUAUGUAAAAUGUAAUGAAGCAAUUGGUAAUUAUCAAUAUUACUCAAAAUGUUAUAAUUUUAAAAAUGAUGAUCAAGUAUUAAAAAAUUCAAAUUAUACAUGGGAACAAGUUGUAAUAGCAUUAACAACAACUUCUGAAGCACUUCGUGAAUUUCCACCAAAUAUUUAUUGGAUGGAGAAAAUUAAUAAAGCUGGAAAUAUAAGUGAAUUUUUUAUCGUUUCGGCAUCUAUUGAGCAAGCAAUCAUUGCUGUAAUUGUAAUUCUUGGAAUACGUUUCUAUGCUAAAAUAGCUCGAUUUGUUGUAAUAUUUCCGCAACUUUGCAUGCUAAUUUGUAUUAUUUAUGCAACUGCUAAAGCUGGCUCUCAAAAUACGCUUGCUUCAAUAGCAGAAGGCUUUUCGCCGGAUCCGGAAAAAUUUUUCGAUCUAAAAGUUUGGAUCACUGCUGCACUUCAGGCUUUUGGUGAUAUAAGAGUUCGUUACUUUUAUUUCUCGCUUAUUCUUACAAUACUUGCAUUUCUUGAGCUAUUAGCAUGCAUUCAUAUUUACCAUCUCAAACGAUUAAUUGUCAAUUUGCAUACAAUGCUUGGUGAACCACCAAAUAACUUUUGGAGAUAUUUGGGUUAUCCGGUAAAUUUGUAUUGGACUGCUUGUUGGUAUAUUAUUACACCUGCACUUUGCAUUAUUUCGGGUGGACUUGCUUUAUUUAUUAUCAUUAGUGGAAGAUUAUACAGUGAUAUAAUUGCUUUAACUGUGAUAACAUUUCUUCCAUUAAGUGUUAUCAUUAUCACUAUGAUAAUUCAUAUUUUAAAAGCUUAUGGAACUGGAAAAGCUAUAAAAUCAUUAUUUAUUGCUGAUCAUCAUUGGUUGCCAGAAUUAGGUAUCAAUCGUCAACAAGCACUGUAUGAAGAACGGGCUGCUCGUGCGAUAAUUUAA